CUAAACAAGACGAGAGAUUUCGUCAAAUCCCUCAACACAGCAUAUCGAUCCCUGAAGAAAUCGACUCAAUAUGGCUGAAAGUAUCGACAGAAAUGCGGAUGAACGCAUGGAGUUUUCGACGUCCAAAGAAGUGACGGUCGCUCCCACCUUUGAGGACAUGCACCUCAAGGAAAACCUCCUUCGCGGAAUCUAUGCCUACGGAUACGAGUCACCCUCCGCCGUGCAAUCACGAGCCAUUGUCCAAAUCUGCAAAGGAAGAGAUACUAUCGCGCAGGCGCAAUCAGGUACCGGCAAAACUGCGACAUUCUCAAUCAGUAUUCUACAAGUGCUGGAAACGGCAGUGCGCGAGACACAAGCAUUGGUGUUGUCCCCUACUCGAGAGCUGGCCACCCAGAUCCAAAGCGUCGUCAUGGCUUUGGGAGAUUACAUGAACGUCCAGUGUCACGCAUGUAUCGGAGGAACGAACGUUGGCGAAGAUAUCAGAAAGCUCGACUACGGCCAACAUGUCGUAUCUGGCACACCUGGCAGAGUCGCAGACAUGAUUCGACGAAGACAUCUCCGAACCAGACACAUCAAAAUGCUCGUCCUCGACGAAGCAGACGAACUUCUCAACAGAGGCUUCAGAGAGCAGAUCUAUGAUGUCUACCGGUAUCUGCCACCCGCAACACAAGUCGUCGUUGUUUCUGCCACACUCCCGUACGAUGUUCUCGACAUGACCACAAAGUUCAUGACGGAUCCUGUCAGAAUUCUCGUCAAGCGUGACGAACUCACCCUCGAAGGUCUCAAACAGUACUUCAUUGCGGUUGAGAAAGAGGAGUGGAAGUUUGAUACCCUCUGCGAUCUCUAUGAUACUUUGACAAUCACACAGGCUGUGAUUUUCUGCAACACUCGACGCAAGGUUGAUUGGCUGACGGAUAAGAUGCGAGAGGCCAACUUUACCGUCAGUAGUAUGCACGGAGAAAUGCCACAAAAGGAACGAGACAGUAUCAUGUCCGAUUUCAGACAAGGCAACAGUCGAGUAUUGAUUAGUACUGACGUCUGGGCUCGCGGCAUCGAUGUUCAACAAGUCAGUCUCGUCAUCAACUACGACCUUCCCAGCAACCGAGAGAACUACAUUCACAGAAUUGGUCGCAGUGGUCGUUUUGGUCGCAAGGGCGUCGCCAUCAAUUUCGUCACCAGCGAAGAUGUACGUAUCCUACGAGACAUUGAGCUCUACUACUCGACUCAAAUCGACGAGAUGCCGAUGAACGUUGCCGAUCUCUUGACCUGAUCGCCGCAUCUGGCUCAAAAAACAAGACAUUGUGUAAUAUUGAUUUGCUCUGUGCUGAUGGAAAUCCUGGAAUAUGGGAUACUUUAAUUGUUUCCGAGCCCUCGAUCGAACUCUGACUUGACACACUCGGUCCCAUCCUGGAGGUCUCGUCAAGGCAAAGGUGCUUCGAUAGGCUCGUCUCCACCGCCGAGAUUCGGGUUGGUUUCGUGGACUUGAGAAUACCUCGAUAUCAGCUAGCUAGGGCUUCAAGCGAGCUUUAUCAUGGGACCUUGAAAUUGCACUUGCUUUGCACGCGUUUCAAAUUAGUGCUUGGAAUAUUGAGGAUGGAAAUGGGGCUGUAAGCCAAAAGAAUGAUUAUUACUGAUUUACGAAUACCUCCUUGUGUUUCAUUUGAGAACUUUUUGUCCUACUCAACAGUAAUUUCUUUCCAGUUUAUUACGCCAGAGUAGCGUCUUCCAAUCGGUCUCACACCCGAGAAUACAAUAUCGAACAACACUCACCUCUCAAGAAUCCACUGGGAAACGCGUCCUCAAUGACACAAUCAUAAAAUCCAAAAAGAAUUGGUUUCUUGGGAGGUGUUCUGAGCGUCCACCUAUCCUUCCGAUUCUCUCGCACGCGCCAAUACGUCUUGAACUAUCCUUUGAUGCCAAUCCUGUCCGUCGUCGGUCGGGUACACUAUCCUUACUACUUUCAAUCACAGCUCUUGUCGCCAAGCAGCGUCCUUGAAACACCCACGCUCUGGCAAACAACGGCAUGGUGCUGAACGUGGCGAGUUUCGGCAAAGUCACGAUGCGAGAUUUGCUUCUUGACAUACACGGUGUGGUUUUUGCCUCCGGCGUCUGGCAGGCUGACUUUGUGGCUUGUUGAUCGUUCGGAAGAAGCAACCGUCGUCGCCAGUAUGGGAUCUCGUGGCAGCUAUCACGACAUGAGCGUUUUGGUAAUUGAGGGCCAUUCUGCUCGAUUCGAGUAUCCAGCCCUCCUUGUCGUCUUGCACGAUGCACAUUGCAUCUAUCCAGAUAUAUCCCAAUCCCAGACGCCUGGUGGUUAUGAUGCCGUCUUCAAACGCCUUUGUCAGCUCUUGCCACGGAAUGCCAUCCUUUCUGCUGUGUAUGUUGUCACUGUUUGUCUUUGGGACGGGCUUUUUGCUCGACUCUCUGGAUUCCCACGAAUGACUCAAUGCUGCGGAUCUUGUGGUUGCUAUUUCGUGUGUCAGGCAUCGUUCUCGGGUCGUCGCCGUCUUCGCCGACACAAACCAGCCUCGCUGGCAUUUCGUUCGGUGUUUGGGGCAUGUGGCACAGGUCAUGCUGAGACUCGCAUUUGUCUAUCCAGGUUCGGAUCGUUGUAAAGGAUGGUUCCGAGUCUGACCUUUUCGGUACGUGCCCUGCUGGGCGAGAUCCGGGGAACGGUGGUGGAAUUUGUUCGUCUGGACACAGCCGGUAAGUCAAAUUCUUCAGAUUGGUGACCGUCGGGCUGUGGUUUUGUCAGAGCCUGCUAGAUAGACACUCACCUGAAUGAGAGUAGAAUUCCAACUCGAAGCGUCUCGUAGCGUUCAUCAUCCUUGACCCGGCGCGUGAGGACGACUUGCAAGGGGUCGACGGCCUUCUGUGGCUACGUGCUGACCUUGAUCCCCCCCUCGGGCCAUGUUGUUGUUCGGUCGUCGUCGUCGUCUUCUUCUUCUUCUUCCUCGCCCUUCCAAAAGUACUCGAACUUGUCGAUCCCGCCGACGACGAGCUUACAUCGUAGGCACCCCCUCCGCCGCGGUCUCGCGAAAGGCAGGCAGGCAGGUUCGGUGACGAUGGCGCGUCGGAGUGGUCGAGGUCCUGAAAGUCUCGACGGGAGUGGCAUACUCGCACAGUCGAGUCUGAUGGGUUGCACUCGAACGAUUUUAUGGUCGCGGCGGAGUCACCGUGCCGAUGCCAUGUGUGAGAGAGAGACUCGAAUGCUGUUUGAUCUUGGAGGAGGACUCUUCUGCUACGGGACCAGGACUGCGGUCCUCCUCCUGCUUCUAGGUCUAUCGAGUCUGUACAGAGUGUUCCAAUCCAACAAAAAGAAAAGACACAUGGUGGUUUGCUGGCAAGGCUGAGAGCGAACGGUGACCUUUUUGCAAAAGGACAAAAGUCCCCCCAUGUAAUGUACCUCGUCAGUCAUAGUGACCUCUUUCCCCUUUGCUCGUGACUCUAGCCGCGCUGUCUUUGGAUUGGGAAUCAGUCAGACACUCGGGCUAUGAACCACCACGAUUACAGAGGUUGAAAUGGGGCGUAGAGUAACGUUGUUUCAAUUGUGGUAGGGAGGGUGAGC